AUGUCCUCUGGAUCCACAUUCCGCAACCACUGUGAACAGAUUGCCUCGCUUGUCGGGACAAAGAAAUCAGACUCGACCCCUACCACCAUCUACGACGCAUUAAAGGAACUCCAGUGCAACCGAGACGACCUUGCCGCGGUUACCGGAACGGCUGGUAGUGGUCUCUCCCUGUCUGAAAUCACCGAACGAGCCGUUUCCGACUUGAACGAACGGAGUAGCUUGUUAAACGAACGGAAUAGCUUGAGAGCGGAGAAUCAGCGGUUGAGGGACGAGUGCAUUACCCUUCGCACAUUAUGCCGUGGUCUACAGGAGACCAAUGGGAGGCUUGAAAGAGGGUUCGAUCGACUACAGCGCCGUGCACAUAUCAUCACAGACGAGCUACAAAGCUGGAAGAUUCACGCGAAAGAAACAGCAAAACGCGCAGAGCAAGCGCAGAAAGAGGCCGCGAAACAAAUCGCCAAAGCCCGAGAAGACAAGGCCUUGGCCGAGGACGCUCAAUUCUUUUACGAUGACAUGGAAGUAGCAGUUUCACUGAAGGGCGAAUUCGACCUUAUCUGGAAAGACACCCGGAAGCAUUGCGAACGCUAUCUCGGCUACAAGGGUAUGGAUGAAUCCAAGCAGAUGGCUAUAUUUACCAUCUGGGAAUAUCUCUGCAGGAACGCUUGGGGUUGCGAUGACAAACCACUGAGACAUAGCAACAGCACUUGGGGUAGCUUCUUCAGGAAGAAAAGCAACCCUCUUGAAAAUCUCUUCCCUACUGACUCUACAAACAAAGGAAGGCCAAUGUCUAAAUCCCUGGGCAAGUUGAUCGCCCGGGCCAAGGAUCUGCAGGAUGAAUUAAAGGAGUAUGGGUUUCAAGCUCACAUCGACCUGGAGGGGCAUCUCGAUGAAAGUCUGCCCCUGGCUCUAGACUCCGGAGUCAUGAUUUGUGUGGAGCAUAGGGAGGAUGGGUGUUUGGGGGUUUUGUAA